AUGGAGCCCGCGGAGGGGGAGGGCCCGCUGUGGGUGCGCCUCAAGUGCCGCACCUCCACCUACUCGGUGCCCGUGGAGCUGGCGCGGCAGUGCGGCACGCUGCGCAACGCCCUGGACUGCACCCGGUCCAGUGGCGCCGUGACAACCAUCCGCUGCGACUGCUGCGAUGCAUCCGCGGUGCACCUCCUGAUGGUGUCCUGCGAGUGCAACCCGGGGGGGGCGGACGGCGUCACGGGGCUGGAGAAGGACGUGCUCUCCAGGCUGACCUGCCGGUUGGAGGAGGCGUUCUUCCUGGACGUCCUGGCGGCGGCAGAGUUUCUGGACGUGAAGUGGAUCCUGGACAUGGACUGGCUGCACGUUGCGGUGAAGCGGCGGUUCGGCGCCGCGAUCGGCUACCUGCUGGAGUUUGCUGAUCAGGCGGGCGGCGUGGACGCGUUGGGCCGCACGGCGCUGCACUGGGCGGCGCUUCAGGGGGAUGAGGCGCUGGUGAGGCGCCUGGCGGAGCAGGGCGUGGCAGUGAACGCCACGGACGCCCUGGGCAAGACGGCCCUCCACGUGGCCAGCAGGGAGUUGGCCAAGUGCGUGCCGUGGAGCCCGACGUGGUACAAGCACCACGCCGUGGGCAAGGCGCUGCUGGCGGCGGGCGCGCAGCGGAUGGGCCUGCGGCCGAUCUCCGUGGGCUACCGCUGGGCCGCACACUUCUCGCAACAGCGGGGCGGGGCCUGCGCACCGUGGCCGCAGUCGGGGGCGAGCGACGAGGAGGAUGAGGUGGAUGGAGGGGAGGAGAACGCGGCCGGCGACGAUUGGUUUUUCGUCGAGGAUGCGCCAACUGCGCUGGUGCCUUCGCACAACUACGUGGGCGCCCUUGUGGCCAAGAACCCCAAGUUUGCCGGGACGCCGCCUGCCUUGCUGAAGCCGCUGCUGCGGGCGUACUCCAGGAUAUGGCGACUGAAGAACGCGGCGGAGCUGGAGGUGUACCUGCUGGGGGGGCGGGUAGAGGACGGCAGGGCAGAGGUGGAGGCGGAGCUGCAGCAGAUCUUGGCGGGAGGGGCGCUGGACCCGGCGCCCUCCUUCGGGAGUGGCCUACUGGGGCUGUAA